AUGCUCCAGCGCUGCCCGGGUGGAAGCGCACAGCCCCGGGGGCGGGUCGCCGCUCGCCCCCCUCGCCUUGGCCCAGGGCCCCGGGAGCGCCCGGCCGCCUUCACUGAUGGGCAAGCCCCUUCGCAGCGGGGUCUGCGGAGAGUCUGGCAAGGGUUAACGCCGAAACCCCACGCCCCCUUUGACGGAGUCAGACCAACCUCGCCAAAUUUGAAAAGGCGUCCGGGGCCGAGUGUGCGCCCUGGGCGCAAAGAGCAGCGCCGGCCCCGGACCCCCUACGCGGGCAGCAGCCGCCGCCGGGGCUCGGCUUGCCGAGGGACGGGGCUUUCCUUUGGGAGCUGGAGCAGCGGUCUCUGCGUCCCGGACACCCCGGCCCUGUGGUCUUCGCUCCCGGCGGCAUCUCCGCGCCCCGGGAUCCCGCAGUGCCCCCGGCCGGGGGAGGUACGGUGGGGCUCCGCGCCUGCCGUGCAGUGUAAGAGGAAAAGAAGAGGCGGGAGGAAAACUGUUCUUGCAAAAAUGCAGUUGGCUCUAUUCUUGUCCUGGUGCUGCUGCCUGCAUGGAUGUGCGCUAGGGACUGGCUUUCUCUAUCAAUUCCCAGCAUCAACCCUGCAGCACAACUACCCAGAGCAGAGCUCGGGCUCGCCGGGCAGCGGCUUCGCCAGUCGCCGGCAUUGGUGUCACUAUACAGUGACACGGACAGUUUCCUGCCAAGUGCAGAAUGGGUCAGAAACAGUGAUCCAGCGAGUCUACCAGAGCUGCCGGUGGCCUGGACCAUGUGCCAACUUAGUGAGUUACAGGACUCUCAUCAGGCCCAUGUACAAAAUGUCCUACAGAACUGUGACCACGCUGGAGUGGAGGUGCUGUCCUGGCUUCACAGGGAGCAACUGUGAAGAGG